ACCGACGGGAGGGACAGGAGCCGAGCAAGAUGGCGCAGACUCAAGGCACCAGGAGGAAAGUCUGUUACUACUACGACGGUGAUGUUGGGAAUUACUACUAUGGACAAGGCCAUCCAAUGAAGCCUCACCGAAUCCGCAUGACUCACAACUUGCUGCUCAACUAUGGUCUCUACCAGAAAAUGGAAAUCUAUCGCCCUCACAAAGCCAAUGCCGAGGAGAUGACCAAGUACCACAGUGACGACUACAUAAAGUUCUUGAGCUCCAUUCAUCCAGAUAACAUGUCCGAGUACAGCAAGCAGAUGCAGCGAUUCAACGUUGGUGAGGACUGUCCAGUAUUUGAUGGCCUGUUUGAAUUCUGUCAGUUGUCUACUGGUGGCUCUGUAGCAAGUGCUGUGAAACUUAAUUAGCAGCAGACGGACAUCGCUGUGAAUUGGGCUGGGGGCCUGCACCAUGCAAAGAAGUCCGAGGCAUCUGGCUUCUGUUACAUCAAUGAUAUCGUCUUGGCCAUCCUGGAACUGCUAAAGUAUCACCAGAGGGUGCUGUAUAUUGACAUUGAUAUUCACCACGGCGAUGGCGUGGAAGAGGCCUUCUAUACCACAGAUCGGGUCAUGACCGUGUCCUUUCAUAAGUAUGGAGAGUACUUCCCAGGAACUGGGGACCUACAGGAUAUUGGGGCUGGCAAAAGCAAAUAUUAUGCUGUUAACUACCCGCUCUGAGAUGGGAUUGACGACGAGUCCUAUGAGGCCAUUUUCAAGCCGGUCAUGUCCAAAGUGAUGGAGAUGUUCCAGCCUAGCGCCGUGGUCUUACAGAGUGGCUCAGACUCCCUGUCUGGGGAUCGGCUGGGUUGCUUCAAUCUGACCGUCAAAGGGCACGCCAAGUGUGUGGAAUUUGUCAAGAGCUUCAACCUGC